AUGGAGCCGGAGAGGGGACGAGACGCGGUGUUUUCAGACAAGCGGAGGACGAGCAGUGAGAGCGCGAGGCUGGGCCUCUGCGGCGCUGUGUUCAUCAUGCUCAAGUCCGCUCUGGGUGCAGGACUGCUGAACUUCCCCUGGGCUUUCUCUCGAGCUGGAGGAGUUCAUGCUGCAGUUACAGUGGAGAUGUUUUCUUUAAUAUUCCUCGUUAGUGGACUGGUGAUCCUGGGCUAUGCGUCAUCCAUCAGUGGCCAGAGCACUUACCAGGCAGUGGUAGGGCACCUCUGUGGGCCAGCUGUUGGCAAACUGUGUGAGCUCUGCUUCAUCUUCAAUGUCUUCAUGAUCUGUGUGGCAUUUCUGGUUAUAUUGGCAGACCAGCUUAAAAAAUUGAGUAUUUCCAUAUAUGAGCUAGUCACAGGUUCAACUGGGAACGAGAUGCCUUAUUACUGGUACACAGACCAGAGGUUUACACUUUUCCUUGUGUGUCUCUUUGUCAUUCUUCCUCUCUCAAUUCCUAAAGAGAUUUGGAUACAGAAGUACACCAGCGCAUUAGGUACUGUAGCUGCCAGCUAUUUGACUGUAGCCAUUGUUGUAAGAUAUUACACAAGAACAGUCCCUGAGGCCCACCUGUCUCCCUCAUACAACAGUGGCAUGGGCUUUUGGGCUUCCAUGUUCAGUGUCAUCCCGACAAUCUGCUUUGGGUUUCAGUGUCAUGAGUGCUCUGUUGCCAUCUACAGCAGUUUGGAGAAUAAGAAGCUCUCCAACUGGGUCAAAAUCUCAUUAUUAUCUAUGUUUAUCUGCCUUGUUAUCUACACUCUAACUGGUAUCUAUGGGUUUCUCACCUUUGGAAGGAAUGUUGCUGCUGAUGUUCUAAUGUCAUACAGUGGACAUGAUGUCCUUAUGAUCAUUGCAAGGCUACUCUUUGGGAUCUCCAUUAUUACCAUCUACCCCAUUGCUCUUUUCCUUGGAAGAUUGGUGAUUCAGGAUCCAUUACUGCGGCACAGAGAGACUUAUGAGACCUGCAUUAGAGUUGUCUUGACUGCAGUUUGGAUUAUCAUCACUUUCCUCAUUGCUGUUUUUGUUCCAGACAUCAGCAAAAUCAUUACCAUUAUUGGCGGCAUUAGUGCAUUAUUCAUCUUUGUCUUCCCAGGUCUUUGUUUAAUAUUUGCCAUGCAAUCUCAGCCAAUGUCAACAAGAAUAAGGUGGAUUUUAAUUGCAUGGGGAAUGAUCACACUUUUAAGUGGCACAUUCAUUUUUGGGCAGAGCAUUUUCUUUGCUAUUAUGCAGGUCUUUCAUAGGAUAUGAUUCUUGUAAGCAUUUGCAAGUCUGCCUCCAAACAGAACUCUUUCCCUGUUUU